CUAUAGUUUCAUACUCCCUAAUUCAAUCACAACACAGCACUUUCAACCAUUUUUCUGGUUCUUUGCCUUUUCCUUGUCUGAUUAACAAUGGCUAUGAAAGCUAUGCUCUUGAUGUUGGCAUGUUUGCUUUUAGUCACUGGAAGGGUUUCAUCAACAGAAGAGCAUCAUCAUGAUUAUAAAGCUCAUGCACCAGCAGCAGGAAAGCAUCAUGAACAUCACCAUGAACACCAUCAUGAUCAUGAUCAUGAACAUCAUCAUCCUCAUCAUGUCCAUCACCAUCAUGCCGAAGCUCCAAAGCCACCAAAGGCUCAUGCCUGAUUGCACUGGCCUAGCUUGGAGUAGAAAGCAUGGAAGCUGAAGAUAUGGAUUCAAAGAUGUUUGCUGGUUUGAAGAUUGAAGAGUUUUAAUUUGAAUAAAAUUGUUGUAGUUUCAUUUAAUGCUUUUACAUUAUGAGUUUUAUCUAUAAAUAUGUUAUGCAGUUCAGUAUUCUAAGUGUGUGAGUUGAGUAAAAGAAUAAGAGAGUUAGAAACUGUGAGUGUUUGAGAGAGAAAGACAAUUUCUCCUUGUAUGUGUUCUAAAUUAUUUGAAUGAAAUAAAUCUGUUUUUCAAAUUA